GAGGGUAGUUUUUGAUUCUUCUGUCAACGUCAUUAUCAGGAGAGGAUUACUGUGGGCUUAAGGUGUCCCCCGAGUCGCAAAGUAACCGACUGUAGCGGUCAGCCCCGAGGCUGAUUGUACCGAUAUUUGCCGAUAAUGGAGGUUUUUGAUAACCGGAAAGUUAUCCACGUGGUCUUCUUCAUGUGGUCGUAUCUUCUGACCACGUGUAUUGGCUGGACGAAGAACGACAACAUGACCUUUAUUCUAAAUAAACUACUGGAGGGUUACGACAAGCGGCUGCGACCGGGGUUUGGAGGUAUGCCUGUGGUUGUUCAUGCGGAUAUUAACCUCAGGUCUAUGGGACCAAUCUCAGAAAGAGACAUGAUUUACACCCUUGACUGUUACUUCCGCCAGUCUUGGGUUGACGAACGUCUUGCAUUCAAUAUAUCCAUCCAGAAUGUGUCCUUGAGCAUAAAAAUGCUGGAGAAAAUAUGGGCUCCGGACACAGUGUUUUACAAUGGACGUCACGCCAUUCUUCAUACAAUUACAACACCGAACAAGUUCUUCAGGAUUGGCAUGGAUGGUAGUAUCCUGUACUCACAAAGAUUGACUGUGAAGGCAAGCUGUCCGAUGCAUCUUGAGAAGUUCCCGAUGGAUACCCAGCAGUGUCCGCUGGUUAUAGGGAGCUUUGGUUACUCGACGGAUGAUGUCACGUACAAAUGGUCUUACGGUUAUGAAAAGGCAGUAGAGCUGGCGUCCACGAUGACAAUGUCUCAGUUCGAUUUGGUCGGAUUUCCGGCUUUUAACGGAACAUCAGAAUCAAAAGCAGGGGCACGGUCUCUACUCACCGUGAAAUUUCAGCUGAGGAGACGGGCAGGCUACUUUCUCAUCCAAGUCUAUGUACCCUGCAGUUUGCUGGUCAUCUUAUCCUGGGUGUCCUUCUGGAUUAACAGGGAAGCCACGGCGGACAGAAUCACACUGGGUGUAACCACGGUUUUGACGAUGACUUUCCUCGGGUUGGACAAUAGGACAGACCUUCCCAAAGUGUCGUACUCCACGGCUCUGGAUCUAUACCUGGCCGUGUGUUAUCUCUUUGUCUUGGCAGCUAUCCUCCAGUUCGCCGCAGUCCAUUACUUCACGAAGCGUGGGAGUGGCGAGAUCUACCCAUGGAUGCACGUCAGCGAUAGUGAUGAGGAUACCAGUGAAUUUGAUACGUCUGAAGAAGGGAUUACCCCUGCAGAGCCCAACUGUCGAACCCCUCUCAAGAGCAUGAACGGAGCCACCUACCCACCGCGAUCUCGGCCGAAUAACUGUCACAGCCGUCCAGUCGGGCAAGACCACUUCGACAGGAGGGACAGCAAGUAUAAGAAGAUCUGGGGUUCCAUCAUGGGGUCCCUGCGGCGGAAAACACGAGUCAAACGGAGAAAACGGGAGGUAACUCUCAACAGCGUGUCAAAAAUAGAUCGGGGUUCCAGAUAUCUCUUUCCGUUGGGUUUUAUCAUCUUUAACAUAAUCUACUGGAAAACAUUUUGGAGAUGACGGGGCAAGGAUGGCGGCGUUCCCAUGGUGCUAUGAGAUAAGAUACCUAUACCUACACGUGGUAUCAUACCUAUGUACAAAUGUUUGCAUCCGAAUAUCUUUCACGCUUAAAAUUAUAUCAUGAUUUGGAGAGGAAAAGGUGCGGAUUUUCACCAGUAACUAAAUACAAAAGUUCCUUAUGUUGUGUCACUUGAGCUUUAGCUAAUCUCUCAGUGUGAUAUUAAAUCGAAGACGAAAAUUGUCAAUGGUGUUAGUAAAAUUGCAUGUUAUUGAGAAAAGCUACAUUCAGUUCACCGAUAUGUUGGUGAAUUUUACA